CACUUAGGUGUGUGCGAGCUGAAGGUCCAGUCUUGCUUUACUCUGUUGACUUGGUCUGUUUUUUUCAGGAUGAAUCUGUUUUUUCCAUUGUUGUGUGUGCUCCUAUCUGCCAGCAGCUCAGCUGACAAAGGUGUGAAGAAUGGUAUUCGAGUAGAAGCAGGAUCUAAGUCAGGGACUCUUCAGCCCUGGCUGGUGGGUCUCACAGCUGUAGUGGGCUUCCUCUUCAUCGUCUUCACCAUCUUGAUUGUUCACAGACUUCUCAGGAAGAACAGGAAGAAUGGAGACGGAAGUGGAUAUGAACACAAGGUCCUGGAGGUGGAUGACAUUGAAAAUAAACAAACCAGUCUGUAGUAACUUAUCAGGGGAUCAACAUUCUGCAAUUAAAUGGAAGUCACCUGCUUACUUAUGACAAGUGUCUCAGUGCCCUUUCACUAUUCCCACAAAUGUAGGUGGAUUUAAUAAACUUCUGUUUUGAAAGUCCAGUAUGUAUAUAUAUUUUAAGCCAUGAUUUCACUGAUUCACUAAUCUUAUUUGUCCUCUGUUGAUCUUAUUCCUUAAAGAGAUGUAAAAAAUCAAAAUAGAAACAUUGUAUUUGCUCUCCAUGA